AUCAAGCUAUAAAACAACCACCACGCGCUCCGCGCAAAACCCUCCCGGCUCAGCCUCGUCCACCCAGCGCCGCCGCUUCCUUCUAGGGCUCGCUCCUCUUUCCUCCCCUCCUCCGCCUCCGAGCCCGAGCAAGACCUCCAAGAUGGUGCUCCAGAACGACAUCGACCUGCUUAACCCGCCGGCGGAGCUCGAGAAGCUCAAGCACAAGAAGAAGCGCCUCGUCCAGUCCCCCAACUCUUUCUUCAUGGACGUCAAAUGCCAGGGAUGCUUCAACAUAACCACUGUUUUCAGUCACUCCCAGACUGUUGUUGUGUGCCCGGGCUGCCAAACUGUCCUCUGCCAGCCCACAGGAGGAAAGGCCAGGCUCACGGAGGGCUGCUCCUUCCGUCGGAAGGGUGACUAGAGCAGAAUCUGGAAGGGGAUGUUUGUACUGGCCAAGUGUUUCACUUUCCAGUAGUCUUCAAAAUUUUGCACUAUGUGAAACAUUAGGGUCUUGAAACUGCUGCUUAGCUAAGGCUUUCCCUAUCUGUUUCAGUGCUAUGUAUCGGAUGCUACUCAAUGUUGCGUUUGGUUUGUCUAAUUAAUUAGCUGGGGCUGUUUUGGAUUGUGAUGAACUAAAUUGGUGGUUAAUAUCAAUGGUGAAAUCUUUGAAUUA